AUGGAACAACAAUUAACAACUAAAGAAUUAAUUAGUAAAUAUUUUUGUCAGGGCAUUCCACAAACUAUUUUACCACCUGCACUCAAUUAUAGUGAAAUGAGAGAUUCUACUGUACCUCAUGCACCUAUUAAAAAUAUAAAUCUAAUUCUUCCCUCCAAACAAGAUCAACAAUUGGCCAUUAAAAAUGCACUUCGUUAUUUUCCUCAACAUUUUCAUAGAGAAUUGGCCAAUGAAUUUGCCUAUGAAUUAAAAACAUUUGGUCAUAUUUAUAUGUAUAGAUUUAGACCAUCACGUUUUUUAGAAAUGAAAGCCUAUUCAUUAUCAGAUUAUACAAAUAAGAAUAAUUGUGAACAAGCUUGUGCAAUCAUGUUAAUGAUUUGUAAUAAUUUAGAUGUUAAAAUUGCACAAUAUCCACAUGAAUUAGUAACAUAUGGUGGAAAUGGAAGUGUUUUUUCAAAUUGGGCACAAUUUUUAUUAACCAUGAAAUAUUUAAGUGAAAUGAAUGAAAAUCAAACACUUACAAUGUAUAGUGGUCAUCCAAUGGGUUUAUUUCCAAGUUGUCCUGAAAAUCCACGUUGUAUUAUUACAAAUGGAUUAGUUGUACCUAAUUAUUCAUCACGUGAUGAUUAUGAAAGAUUAUAUGCUUUAGGUAAUACUAUUUAUGGUCAAAUGACUGCUGGUAGUUAUUGUUAUAUUGGUCCACAAGGUAUUGUACAUGGUACUACUCUUGUUGUUUUAAAUGCAGGUAGAAAAUAUUUAAAUUUAAAUGAUUUAAGUGGAAAGGUUUUUAUUACAUCUGGACUUGGUGGAAUGUCAGGAGCACAACCUAAAGCAGGAGUGAUUAGUGGAUGUAUAACAGUAGUAGCAGAAGUGAAUGAAUUAGCAUUAAAAAAGAGAUAUGAACAAGGAUGGUUAUUAGAAAGUGUUGGUAAUGAUUUAGAAAAAUGUAUUGAAAGAAUUAAACAAGCACGUUUAUUAAAACAAGUAACAUCAAUUGGAUAUUUAGGAAAUAUAGUUGAAUUAUGGGAAAGAUUAGCUAAUGAAGAUGAAUUACUUGUUGAAUUAGGAAGUGAUCAAACAUCACUUCAUAAUCCAUAUCAAGGUGGAUAUUAUCCAGUUGGUUUAACAUUUGAAGAAUCAAAUCAAUUAAUGAAAGAUAAUCCAAAUGAAUUUAAAUUAAAAGUAUCAGAAAGUUUAAAAAGACAAGUUAAUGCUAUUAACAAAUUAGUUGAAAAGGGAAUGAAAUUUUGGGAUUAUGGUAAUUGUUUUUUAUAUGAAGCUAAUAGAGCAGGUGCUGAUAUUUGUAAUCAAGAUGGUAAUUUUAAAUAUCCUUCCUAUGUACAAGAUAUUAUGGGUGAUAUAUUUUCAUUGGGUUUUGGUCCUUUUAGAUGGGUAUGUUUAUCUGGUAAUGAAAAAGAUUUAGAAGAAACAGAUAAAAUAGCAGCUCAAGUGAUUGAAAGAUUAAUGAAAAAUCCAUCACUUGGUGAAAAAUCACAUUUACAAUAUCAAGAUAAUUAUAAAUGGAUAGUACAAGCAAUGGAAAAUAAGUUAGUAGUUGGAUCACAAGCAAGAAUAUUAUAUUCAGAUAUAGAAGGUAGAGUUGAAAUAGCCUUAGCAUUUAAUAAGGCAAUUAGAGAAGGUAAAAUUAGUGGGUCAAUUGCAUUAAGUAGAGAUCAUCAUGAUGUAUCAGGUGCAGAUUCACCAUUUAGAGAAACAUCAAAUAUUUAUGAUGGUAGUAAUAUUACAUCUGAUAUGGCAGUUCAUACAUUUACAGGUAAUUCAAUGCGGGGUGCAACAUGGUGUGCUCUUCAUAAUGGUGGUGGUACUGGUUUUGGAUUGGCAAUUAAUUGUGGAUUUGGUUUAGUUUUAGAUGGAUCACAACAAUCAGAUGAGAGAGCUAGAAAUGUUUUAUUUUGGGAUGUUGCUAAUGGUAUUGCUAGAAGAAGUUGGUCUGGUAAUGAUAAUGCUUUUGAAACUAUUCAUAGAGCAAUGCAAUUCAAUUCAAAUUUAAAUGUUACCAUUCCAAAUCAUUGUCAUUUAAAUGAUAAUGAUUUUAAUUUAUAA